CAAUCUGCCGACCUUUCCUAAUAUCCGAAAAAGAAGGAAUCUGCCUGCUUUCCCAUCAAUCCUUAUCCACUAGCAAAUUUCAGAAGCAGAAUGAAAAAUUUUUUAGCCCAGCUCUCUUUGCUGAUCUUUCUAUUCAUUAGCGCAACUGAAGCAAGAAAAAACCCACAAAUAUGUUCAUCUUCCUGCGGAGAUAUCCAUGACAUCAGCUACCCUUUCCGCCUGAAGGAAGAUCCAGCUGGCUGUGGUGAUCCUGAUUUCCAACUAUCUUGCAAGAACAAUAAGACCAUCUUGAAUUUCCAUGGAGGGUUAUACUACGUGAAGAGAAUUUCCUAUGACGAACGCACAAUUCGUGUUGCUGAUGUUAACUUAGCCAGUGGAAGCUGCAGUCUUCCUAACAGAUCAUUAUCAAUGCAGGAAGUGCUGAUGGAUGCUCGGUAUCCAGGACUGGCUGAUUACAGUUACUCGUAUGCUUUAAAUUUUGUUCGGUGUUCCAACAAUAUCAGCGAUCUGGCUAAGAGCAGAGCACCCUGUCUGAGCGGAAAUACAUCUCAUGUUUAUGUCAAUAUAUCUCGGGACUCUGUAUACUCGUAUGAUGUUCCAAAACCCUGCAAGGUCAUUUCAACUGUCCCAGCAUUCUAUGAAAAUAUGGUGCAGAACCUUUCUUAUGAAACAGCCUUGAAGAUGCAGGAAUCAGGGUUUGACAUGAGAUGGUCGGUUGAGUGUAGAGAUUGCAGGGCAAAGGGUCGUGGCUGUGUCAAUAAAUUUAAUACAGCCAAUAUCUUCCAAUGCGAAGAGGAAUAUGAUUACGACGCUAUAGUUGGAUUGGUGUACUCUCUUUUUGCUGCAGUGAAUCUGGCUGAAAUAAUUGGUGCAGUCAGAUUCAUCCUCCUUCCACCGGUUAUAUUUGCUUUCCUUCUCCACACAUACUUCUCUAUGAGAAAGAAGAUUGAUGUCAGGGAAAAAUCUUCACAGACUGACCAGAGUCGUGGAAAGGUUACAAGGAACAUUGAAAAUCAUCUGGAAAUGCCUCCUAAGCCUGUCUUAAUUUCUGCUCAAGAUAACUGUGUAAUGGCUCCCGAGUCAGAUUCUCCAAAAGAGAUACUAAUACCUGAGUCAAUGGAGAGGAGCUCAUAGAGACACCAAGCAUUUUUCUAGUACUAUUCCUUCAACUCGCUAUUGUAAUUGACCAUCAACGCCUGUUCGUACAUUCCUUUUUGUUCUUCCUUGCAAAUGAAAAUUUUACCUGUCUCAGCUGGUUUUCUAGUAGAAAACUAAGCUUGCAUCUUUACACUGUAUGUAUAUGUUCUUUGCAACUCUGUGUAAUGAAAUUCACUACCAGCAAGAGACUGUUGAGAUGAUUCUGCUAAGGGAUUAAAUUUACAUA